GAUGCGAACUUUUUUCCAUUCCUCUCAUCCACUCGUUCUAUUCACCCAACACUUACUUUCCUCCCCCUUUACAAAAUGGCCGAUUCCAAGAGGGUCAAGUCACCGCAGGAUUUCAUGAUUGAUUUCCUCAUGGGCGGUGUCUCAGCUGCUGUGGCCAAAACUUCUGCCGCGCCUAUAGAACGGAUCAAGCUCCUGGUUCAGAACCAGGACGAGAUGAUUAAACAAGGGCGUCUGGCCACACCAUACAAGGGUAUUGCUGAUGCCUUUGCUCGCACCUACAAGGAUGAGGGCAUGGUAUCGUUGUGGCGAGGUAACACAGCUAACGUGAUCAGAUACUUUCCUACUCAGGCUCUUAAUUUCGCCUUCAAGGACUAUUUCAAGUCAUUGUUCGGGUUCAAGAAAUCGGAAGGUUAUUGGCGAUGGUUUGCUGGCAACGUUGCAUCUGGAGGAGCAGCGGGUGCUUCUUCUUUGCUUUUUGUUUAUUCGCUCGAUUAUGCUCGUACUCGUCUUGCGAACGAUGCCAAGUCUGCGAAAGGUGGAGGCGCCCGUCAGUUCAAUGGCUUGGUGGAUGUCUAUAAGAAGACUCUAGCUUCUGAUGGUAUUGCUGGGCUUUACCGCGGCUUUGUCCCUUCCGUUGUUGGCAUCGUUGUCUAUCGUGGGCUUUAUUUUGGUGUUUACGAUUCAUUAAAGCCUGUGGUUCUUGUUGGUGCGCUGGAAGGGUCCUUUUUGGCGUCGUUCGCUCUUGGUUGGGGUGUUACUAUUGGAGCUGGACUAGCGUCAUAUCCUUUGGAUACCAUCCGUCGACGUAUGAUGAUGACAUCAGGUGCUGGUGUUCAUUACAAAUCUAUGUUUGACGCAGGUGCCCAGAUAGUAGCUAAAGAGGGCACAAAAUCUCUCUUCAAAGGUGCAGGCGCUAAUAUUCUCCGUGGUGUCGCCGGCGCUGGGGUUCUCUCGCUAUAUGACAAGCUUCAGCAGGUGAUGUUUGGCAAGGUUUACUCCGGAGGUUCGUCGUACCUGAGUUGUUUGAUGCCCUUCUUAGCCAACAUUUGAUUUGUUUCAAAAGGAUCUGGAUAAACACCAGCUGAAGGUAGGGAUGGGUGAUGUGUGCCAUGUUAAUAUAGACUCGCCUUCUACUAGUUUUAGUGCACCCUGCUGUAGUGAAUUUGGUUAGACCGAGCUUUUGCUUUUGUUUUGUGUGCAAUUGGUAUAUGUUGAGAAUAUAAUCAUUGGCAUGCAGAGUAAUGGCCAAAAUCUUGCA